AUGGAGACAAUCGCCCGCCCGAGUCGAUGGCUCGAUGAGAAGACAGCAAACCUAGCCAAGUCGAGAUGGCUCUCACACAUCGCCAUUCAAUAUUACUGUGCAUUCUGUGGAGUGAUUUGCUCCAUCAUGUUCUGUUUGGCCUUCGUUGCUGCAGACUUCAUCUCCCCAAUCAAGCCGUGGUGGGAUGCUGAACGGACGGCACAUCACUACCAAGUAAACACAACUCGAGUUCGAGCGGGUGCCGCAAUUCUGGUCGUGUCCGGCAUGUUCUAUCUGCCAUUCUCAGCCGUCAUCUCCUACCAAAUGAAACGCAUUCCCAAUCUCCACUACCUGGUCCAUCAGUUGCAACUUGCUUCUGCUGCUGCAGGUAUCUGGACUUUCAUCUUGCCUGGUAUUAUUCUUGCUGCUACAUCCUACCGACCUUACCGACCAGUGGAGACAACCCAGAUGUUCAACGACUUUUUCUGGAUCUGUGCCUUCAUGCCUUGGCCAACAUUCAUAGCGCAGAACUUUGCCUUCUCAUAUGCCAUUAUCGUCGAUGACCGCAAGAAGCCAUUGUUUCCAAAGGAGCUUGCUAUUGUUAACAUCGUCACCCCAAUUCUCUUCACACCUGCGGUCGGCAUACACUGCUCCUAUAGAGGGGCAACCGCCUACAAUGGUGCCAUGACGUUCUGGGUUCCAGGAGUCACAUUCUGUCUUCAGCUUGUCGUCGAUUCCUGGUAUCUAUACACCUCCAUUCGCGAGGAGUCAAGGGAGUUGGAUGCACUAUCUAAGAAGAAUAUCUCGGAUCCGGAAGUUGGCCUUACGGGCGACGAAGAACCAAAACCGGAGUGA